AUGGAUAGACAAUCAUUAUUGAAUGCGCUUAGUGGGACAUUGGAUCCUAAUCAACAAACCAGAAAACACUGUGAAGAGCAAUUGAAAGUUUAUGAACAACAACAAGGAUUUACUUCAUACCUAUUAGACAUUUUGGUGGAAUCUGAUUCAACAACUUCUGUUGGAAUCAAAGUUGCAGCAGCCAUUUUUUUCAAAAACAGAGUGGUCAACUACUGGGUUGUCCCAGAAAAUAAACAACAAACUGCGUUCUAUUUAUUAGAUGGUGAAAAAUCUGCAAUCAAAGAAAAAUUAAUUACAACAUUGUUUGAAACUUACAAAAACCAUCAAAUCAGAUUGCAAUUAUCAACUGCUUUGAAUACAAUUUUAAGUUAUGACAAAUGGGAUGGUUUGGUAGAGGUUAUUCACAAUUUGUUAUCUGAUGAAGGUAAUGCAGACCAUGUAUACACUGGAUUAUUGUGUCUUUAUCAGUACACCAAAAAUUAUAGAUGGGAUGGCUUUGAACUGAAUAAUUUCGUCAACCCAGUUUUAGAGGAAGUUACCCAGAAAUUAUUUCCUCAAUUGGAAAGCUUGGCCAACAAAUUGAUUGCCAGUGAUGGUACCACUCCUGAUGAAAUGCUUUAUUUGAUUAUCAAGAUUUUCAAGUUUACAACCUAUUCUUCAUUGCCAAGUUAUUUACAAGAUGCAAACCAUUUGGGUCAAUGGUGUCAAAUCCACAUUCUGAUUAUUAACAAGCCACUACCAAAGGAAAUUUUAGAAGAAGACAAUAUUGAAACCAGAAACAACAACCCAAGAAUCAAGACAAUCAAAUGGUGUUUCGCAAACAUGAACAGAUUAUUAAACAGACACGGAGGGGGCUAUUUAACUAGAUCCAAAGAAUCUAAUCAAUUUGCCCAAGUUUUCAUAACUAAUUUUGUUCCAGAAAUUUUAAAUGCAUACUGGAAGAUCAUCGAAGGUUGGUCAACUAAAUCAGUCUGGCUCAGUGAGGUUUCUUUAUUCUACAUGAUUUCAUUUUUGGAACAAGUCAUUGAAACUCCUGCCUGGUCUUUGAUUAAUGAAAAACUCGAUGCUAUUUUGAGACACGUUGUUUUGCCAACUUUGGUAGCUACUCCAGAAACAGUAGAAUUGUACGAAGAUGAUUCCGAUGAAUACAUUAGACGUUUCUUUGAUGUCAACCGUGAACAAAGCACUUCCGAUGUGGCUACUAUUAAUUUUAUCUACCGUUUGUCCAACAAGAAAUUCAAGGAUACCAUCAAUUUGAUAUGCCAAUUCAUCAAUGAGGUUUUCACAGACAGAAUUAAUAACAGAGGUAAUAUUGAAAGUGCCAUGAAAGCUGAGGGUGGGUUAAGAAUAUUGUCGACCAUCUCAUACAAAUUGGAUUCUAAAUUUUCUCCGGUUGCUGGUCAAGUCGAUAGUUUGCUUCACACAUUUGUUUACCCUGAAUUGUUACAAGAACAAUCAUCAAAGACUCCAUGGUUAACUGCCAGAGCCUGUGAUACCAUUGCCAUGUUUCACGAUCACAAAUAUACUGAUACACAAGUAUUACAAGCAAUUUUCCAAGGUGUGGUUGCAUGCUUUUCAGAUGAUAGCCAAUUCCCAAUUCAAUUGACUGCUGCUGAUGCAUUGUCUACUUUAGUUAAUGAAGACUUAGUUGCCCAACAUGUUGCUGACCAAGCUCCACAAUUGAUGGGUAUCUUGUUGGAGAAAUCCAAACAAUAUGAAAGUGAUAUUUUGACAAACGUUAUGGAUACAUUUGUUGAAAGAUUUGCCAGUAAUUUGGAACCUUAUGCAGUUGAGUUGGGUAAGAAGUUAUCUGAACAAUUCCUCAAGAUUGCUUCAGAAAUUUUAGAAUCCAAUGGUGGAGCCGAUGAAGAUAAAGAAAUACAAGCUUCAGGUCUCUUGAACACUUUGACUACUUUGGUUAUUUCCAUGUCAAAUGCUCCAAAUGUCGCUCUCCAAUUAGAGUCAGUUUUGAAAGAGUUGAUUGUGUUUAUUUUUGAGAAUGCUAUGGUUGUGUUCUUGACUGAAGUUAUCGAAAUUUUGGAAUCCCUUUUGUUUGUCAGAUCAGAAGUGUCACCUACCAUCUGGGAUAUUUUCCAAGUUGCUAUUGACUCAUUUGAAACUUACGCUUUUGAGUAUUUUGAUUCAUUCCAACCAUUUUUUGAAAGUAUUAUAAACAAAGGUUUUACUCAUCCAAAUGUUACAAUGGCCGAUCCACAUGUUCAAUCCUUGAUUCAAGUCUGUUUUAACAUUUUGAAGGAUGAUGAUACUGAUCCAGUGUUCGCCCACCUGGCUUUUGAAGAUUUGGAAUUGACUAUUCUAGCCUUGAAUCAAAGAUUUGUCAACUUUUUACCAAACUUUCUACCAGAAAUCUUUGACAUCUUUUCUAGAUUGGAAAGCCAAGAUGCAUUUGAUGGGCACAUGUUACAUCACUUGUCUAUUUUAAAGAUUUUAUUUGCCUGUUUGUAUAUUGACCCAGUAUCAACCAUUCAGUUUAUUUUAUCAAAAGGCUUUUUGAUCGAAUUUUAUAAAUUGUGGGUUAAACAUAGCUCUGACUUCCAAAGUGUUUACGGUUGUAAAUUACAAAUACUUGCAAGUAUGUCUAUCAUUAACAAUAACAAUGCUGUUGGUCUCAUUCCAGAAGAUUUAGUUGGUGAAACGGUCGACUUGUUGUUGGGCAAUAUUGCUACCUUGCCAAACGCUAUCAAGGCCAAGAAUUCCAUUAUUGCUAAUGAAACAAGUCAAAAAAUGCAACAAAAGGAUACCACAGAUGGUGCUGAUGAAGACAAUGAUGACGAAUUUGCCGAACUUGAUGACGAUUUUGAAAUCGAUGAAGCGGAAUUGGAAGCAAUGAAAGAAACACCAAUUGAUAAGCUCAACGCAUUUGACUUCUUUGUUCAAAACUUUUUGGCCAUUCAACAACAACAAAAUAAGAAUGAACUCCUCUUUGGAGGUCUUGAUGAUAGUAGGAAGGAGAUGAUCGAAGAGUUGGUUAAGGUUACCCAAAACACUAGAUAA